CGGCAUUCCCUUUUGACUUUUGGAGUUAACUCCUCUUCGUGCCGUAUCCCCAUCCUGCUAUCUAUCUAGAAUUCUGCUUGUCCUGGGAUGCCCCGGUUGUCGUCGUUCAGACUCCCCCACAUCCAAUGGAACUUCUUUCGCAUUCACCUCGCGUUCUUCACUAUACACCCUUUGAUAUGGUCCGCGAUAUUCUGGGGGGCUAAUGGACGAUACCACAUAUCUUACGUCGACUCCCUGUUCCUGUGCUACUCGUCGCAAACCGUGACGGGCCUCAGCACGAUCAACCUCAGCACGACCACGGGGUUCCAACAGGCCAUACUAUAUUGGCUGAUGGUGACCGGUGACUACUCGCUCGUGAGCUGGGUCAUGGUCUUGGUCAGGAGGCAUUAUUUCAAGCGCAAAUGCGUCCACCUCAUCAGGCAAAAGCGACAGAACGGCCAAGGCAUCUGGGGUAAACUCAGGUCCAAGACCAUGGACGUAUUCCCUUGGACCGCGUCUAUGAGAGGUCCCGACCAAACACAUCGCCUGGACCUCGACGUCGUGAACGGCCCCUCAUCUCAACCUGCCCUGCCAAGUAGCACGCAACCCGAUAUUCCUACCCAGGGCCCCCCAGACUCCGUCGUCCCAUCGAACACAACUACACUCGUGCCCAGCCAGCGUCAGACCUUGGUCACGAAUUUGACCGGGGAGGACAUGCCCGAAGUAUCAUCCCCGACCUCAAUAUCCCACGGAGAACCCUUUCAGCGCACAGACUCCCCGUCCAUCAUGUCCGUCAUAGACUCCUCCCAAGCGCCCCCUGCCGUCACUUUCGCACCGAGACCUACGCCCCUGAACGUCCGUCGCACGAACACCAACCUCACGAACCGGACCCGCCGUACGUUCAACAACGGCGCGCCACUCUCGCCAGGAGGCAUGACCGACGUCUCGGGUGAAGCGCGCGGCCGUCGCCCUACCGCGGAACGGCAUUUCGGCGGUUUUCCGGGGCCGUUCGCAGCCAGCAGACACCUGAUGCUCAAAUACGCGCCGGACACGUACCGCAAGCUCGAGCGAAAGCUCACCUUGAUCCCCGAGCACAUCGUGCAGCCCCCCGCGCAGGCGUCGUCUCUCGGCAAGGAUGGCACACCGAGGGAAAAGAAUGCCGUCGACACCUUCAGACCACGACGAUCGGCUGAGUCUGACGAUUCGUCGUCCAUGCACCUCUCGGACCUCCAGAAGGCGGCGCAGGAGGUACACGUCAAAGUAAAGGACUACAUCAAGUCGGGCUCGAUGUGGAUCGGACGGAACUCGUUUUUCGAUUUGGAUGGUCUGACGGACGAACAGAUCGAAGAGGUCGGCGGCGUGGAAUAUACCGCGCUGACGAUCCUCUCCUGGCUCGUGCCUGCCUUCUUCGUGGUGACACAGCUCAUCUGCUUCAUCGUCUUCUAUGCCUAUCUCAAGACUGUGCAUACGUAUGACUCGGUGUUCGACUCGCAACCACGUCAAGUUCCCAUCGCUUGGUUCUCGUUUUUCCAAGUUCUCUCCGCAUACACCGGCGGCGGUCUCUCACUGGUGGAUGCGGGAAUGGGCGUGUUCCUUCCCGCGUUCCCCUUGGUCAUAAUUCUUGGAUUUUUGAUCAUUGUGGCGAACAUCUUGAUGCCCGUCUUCUUGCGGUGGACAGUGUACGCGCUCUACCGUCUGGUGCCCCAGUCCCAGGAGAGAGCGGCCCUCCAGUUUUUGCUCGAUCAUCCACGAAGAUGCUAUCUUUAUCUCUUCCCGGCUCACCAAUCGUGGUUCCUCGUGGCCGUCUUCUUGUUCCUGACCGCGAUUGAAUGGGCCGGUUUCAUCGUCUUCGACCUCGGACUUCCCGUCACAGACUCGUUGCCUCGUGGACAGCGGGUGCUAGCCGGUUGGUUCCAGUCUCUCGGCGUCCGUGCCUCGGGAUUUUCCAUCGUAUCGCUCAACGCACUAUCGCCGGCCACGAAGCUGUUAUAUCUGGUCAUGAUGUAUAUCUCCGCGUACCCUAUCGCGAUGUCGAUCCGCGCCACCAACGUCUACGAGGAACGUUCGCUCGGCGUGUUCAAGGUAGAUGACACUGAGAACACGGAAGAGCCCAAGGGAGAGGUGUUCAGCAAGUAUCUCGGCUGGCAUUUACGGCGGCAACUUUCUUUCGACUUGUGGUGGCUGGCGGCAGCCAUGCUUAUCAUCUGCAUCAUAGAGAGGGCGAACAUCAUGGAUCCAAGCAACGACUUUUGGUUUAACCAGUUCACCGUCCUCUUCGAGAUCGUCUCCGCGUACGGCACCAUCGGGCUUUCACUGGGAAUACCCACGGAGAACUACUCUUUCUCUGGCGCCCUGCGAACCGGUUCCAAGCUCGUCCUGAUCCUCGUGAUGCUCCGUGGACGGCACCGCGAUUUGCCGGUAGCCGUCGACCGCGCCAUCUUGUUGCCCGAGGAGUUCUCGAAGACGGCGCCGGAUCCCGAAAACAAGGCGCGACAUAUCGUCCAGGGCGACCUAGAGGACCCGGAGACCAUGUCCGAGCGCAGUUGAUCAUUUUUUUCUUAUUUUGUUGCUGUCGGUUUGCUGGAUGGAUCGGAGCCUUGGACGCGAUAUCCAGAAACGAUGUUACAUACAUUCCCGAGGCACAUAUAUCCCUUGAGGGCUAUCUACAUACAUAUACGUCAUUUACGGAGUCGCGAUGCAAUAGAAG